AUGAGCCACCCAGACAUUUCCGUUGACGUCCUCGUCAUUGGUGCAGGCCCUACCGGUUUGGGUGCUGCAAAGCGUUUGAAUCAGAUCGACGGCCCAUCAUGGCUCAUUGUCGAUUCUAAUGAGAUCCCUGGUGGUCUCGCCUCGACAGAUGUUACUCCUGAGGGAUUUUUAUACGAUGUCGGUGGUCACGUCAUCUUCUCCCACUACAAGUACUUCGACGACUGCAUUGACGAGGCUCUCCCCAAGCCCGACGACUGGUACACUCACGAGCGUAUUUCCUACGUCCGCUGCCAGGGCCAAUGGGUACCCUACCCUUUCCAGAACAACAUCUCCAUGCUUCCCAAGCAGGAGCAGGUUCGCUGCAUUGAGGGCAUGAUUGACGCCGCUUUGGAGGCUCGCGUCUCCAACACAAAGCCUAAGACCUUUGACGAGUGGAUUCUCCGUCAAAUGGGUGUUGGUCUUGCUGACCUUUUUAUGCGCCCAUACAACUUCAAGGUCUGGGCUGUUCCCACCACCAAGAUGCAAUGCGCUUGGCUCGGUGAGCGUGUCGCCGCCCCCAAUGUCAAGGCUGUGACUACCAACGUCAUCUUGAACAAGACUGCCGGUAACUGGGGUCCCAACGCUACCUUCCGUUUCCCUGCUCGUGACGGAACCGGUGGUAUCUGGAUUGCCGUUGCCAACACUCUCCCCAAGGAGAAGACUCGCUUCGGUGAGCACGGAAAGGUCGCCAAGGUGAACCCUAACUCCAAGGUUGUCACCUUGGCCGAUGGUACCACCGUCGGUUAUGAGAAGCUCGUCUCCACCAUGGCUGUUGAUGCUUUGUGCGAACAGAUCGGCGACAAGGAGCUCAUUGACCACACCAAGGAGCUCUUCUACUCUUCCACCCACGUUAUUGGUGUUGGUAUUCGUGGAGAGCGCCCCGAGCGCAUUGGAGACAAGUGCUGGCUCUACUUCCCCGAGGACAACUGCCCCUUCUACCGUGCCACCAUCUUCUCCAACUACUCUCCCUACAACCAGCCUGACGCCUCCAAGAAGCUCCCCACCCAGCAACUUGCUGAUGGUUCCCGACCUGCCAGCACUGAGGCCAAGUCCGGUCCUUACUGGUCCAUCAUGUUGGAGGUCUCUGAGUCCUCUUACAAGCCUGUUGACCUUGAGACUAUUGUCAAGGAUUGCAUCCAGGGUCUCGUUAACACCGAGAUGCUCAAGCCCGACGAUGAGAUUGUCUCUACCUACCAUCGCCGAUUCGACCACGGUUACCCCACUCCAUCUUUGGAGCGUGAGGGUGCUCUCACUCAGCUUCUCCCUAAGCUUCAAGAGAAGGGCAUCUGGUCUCGUGGCCGUUUCGGAAGCUGGCGCUACGAAGUCGGUAACCAGGACCACUCUUUCAUGCUUGGUGUCGAGGCUGUUGAUAACAUUGUCAACGGUUCCGUUGAGUUGACCCUCAACUACCCUGACUUCGUCAACGGCCGACAGAACACUGAGCGUCGUCUUGUCGAUGGUGCUCAGGUCUUUGCCAAGAAGAAGUAA